UGCGGCGGAAGACCGGAAGAGGUGGAGUCUGAGCCAAAAUGAGGGAAAAUAAGAACAUGUCCGAGUCCCCCUCUCAAGCGGGAAAAGAAAUACCGGCGAAAAAACAGAAACUAAGCAGUGACGAGAACAGUAAUCCAGAUUUAUCAGGAGACGAGAAUGAUGAUGCUGUCAGUGUCGAGAGUGGGACCAACGCAGAGCGUCCAGACACACCCACCAACACCGCCAACGCUCCGGGCAGAAAGAGCUGGGGAAAGGGCAAAUGGAAGUCCAAGAAGUGCAGAUAUUCUUUUAAAUGUGUCAACAGUCUGAGGGAGGAUCACGGUCAGCCGCUGUUCGGAGUUCAGUUUAACUGGCACAGUAAGGAGGGAGACCCACUGGUAUUCGCCACAGUCGGGAGUAAUAGAGUAACUCUGUAUGAAUGUCACUCUCAAGGAGAAAUAAGACUCCUGCAGUCUUAUGUCGAUGCAGACGCAGAUGAAAACUUCUAUACGUGUGCUUGGACCUACGACACCAACACGAGCCACCCACUGUUGGCUGUAGCCGGGUCCCGGGGCAUCAUCCGGGUCAUCAACCACAUCACAAUGCAGUGCAUCAAGCAUUAUGUCGGUCACGGGAACGCCAUCAAUGAGCUCAAGUUUCAUCCAAGGGAUCCAAAUCUGCUUCUUUCAGUCAGCAAAGAUCACGCCCUUCGUCUAUGGAACAUACAGACGGACACAUUAGUGGCCAUAUUUGGUGGAGUUGAAGGUCAUCGAGAUGAAGUCCUGAGUGCUGAUUUUGAUCUCCUGGGUGAAAAGAUAAUGUCCUGUGGGAUGGACCACUCCCUCAAACUCUGGAGAAUCAACUCGGAGAGGAUGCAGAAAGCCAUUCGCGGCUCUUAUGAGUACAACCCCUCCAAGACUAACAGGCCGUUUGUAUCACAGAAAAUUCACUUCCCUGACUUCUCAACACGAGACAUCCACAGAAACUAUGUGGACUGCGUGCGGUGGCUGGGAGACCUUAUUCUUUCUAAGUCCUGUGAAAACGCCAUCGUCUGCUGGAAACCAGGGAAGAUGGAGGACGACAUCGAUCACAUUAAACCCAACGAAUCAAAUGUGACGAUUCUGGGCCGCUUCGAUUACAGCCAGUGUGACAUUUGGUACAUGCGCUUCUCCAUGGACUUCUGGCAGAAGAUGCUGGCUCUGGGUAACCAGGUGGGGAAGCUUUACGUGUGGGACCUUGAAGUGGAAGAUCCUCACAAAGCAAAGUGCAUCACGCUGACCCUCCCCAAAUGUACAUCAGCCAUCCGGCAAACGAGCUUCAGCCGCGACAGCAGCAUUCUGAUCGCCGUGUGUGACGACGCGUCGAUCUGGCGCUGGGAUCGACAGCGCUGAAGCGUUUCAGACUGGAGUUUUUUGUUUUUGUUUGUUUCCUGUUGCUUCCUCUUCCCAACCUGCGGCCCUGUUGUACAGAUGUACACUGCAAGAAAUGUCUCUUUGGUCAGUUGAGAUGAUUCCUUCUGUUGUUCUGGACAAGAAGGUUGUUUUCAUUUCCUGUUUGUCUGCCAGCAGGAUUUGUGAAGAAAACACGAGUGAGGAUCUUUUUAGUAUGAUUUUGUUUUUUAGAUUAACAUUUUUCAUUCUUUGUUCCAAAUUGAUUGAGUUUAUGUUUUAAAGUAAAUAAACUGUAACAGCUUGUCGGAGAUGGCGGAGGUUAAGUGCCUUCUAGCUUCUAUGCAGACUCAUCAGAGGUAAUUAGAUCAAUCACUCCUAUUAUCUGUAAUCAGGGACGUUUUUUCUGCUAAUUCCUGACCAGAGGAAUCGUCUGUAGGCAGAUUUUUGUUGCUUGUUUUCCCAAAAAGAAACCAUUCAGAUACAAAAGGAUGAAAUGACUAACAUUGGACUUUUCUUGCAGUGUCCCAUGUUUUAUAUUCAUUUGGUCACACUCAAAAAAAAAAAGAGAUUUUUGUCUGUUUUUUAUUCAUUUUGCUACGUUCCUAUGCUUCUUUUUUUAACGCCCUCUUGGUUUGCUUCGACGCCUCCCUUCCUCCUCUACCUUCCACACAAACACAGUACACUCAAUAAAAUGUAUUUUGUAAAUAUAUAUACUCAAGA